GACCGAAGAACCCCCCCCAAGCGCCCCAUCCCACCUGAGCGCCUUCGAGUACGAAUACCCGCCAAGCGCCGUCCCUGGAAAUAGAUCCAACAACGUGUUUGGAGCGGCACAUAGACCUACCAUGGGAGUGACACCACGCCGUGCACUUUCUGCAUUUCACGUUUCUCCGCCGCCUGCCGGUCCCGCUUAGAUUGGUACGCCCCUGGUCGAAUCAAGGCCCCGUUCGCGGCCCCCCCUCGACCUGCCUGCUUGAUUCUGGGCCUGGCUUUUGCGACAACCACCCCUCAACGCCCCCGUCUGUCCGGCAUUCCGAAGAAGCCUCCCUCCAUUUUGGCGACACCUCCCCCGACCUCGGCGUUCCCUGUGAACCGCAAACCUGAUCGUGCUGUCCCCUCGACUCUAUCUUCACUCUUUCCCUUCAGACGCACCCGCGCAGCCAGCCCGCUGCCAUCGAGGGACGACCAUGGCUGCACCUAAUUCCAACAAGCCCGACGUGGGCGACACCCUGCUCGUUAUCCACGAUUUCCAAGCCCGCAGUUCCGACGAGCUGAGCCUCACGAAGGGCGAUCGCGUAGAGCUGCUCGAGCGCGAUGACGAGUUCGGAGAUGGAUGGUACCUGGGCAAGCAUAUGGCCAAUGGGAACAGUGGCCUGUUCCCAGAGGUGUAUACGCGACCAGCGCCCAAGAGCGUCGCCAACGCUCCGACCUUUUUACCCCCGAAGCAGCCCCUCACGCCUUUGGCAGAGGUGUCCCACGAGCAAACAACCCCCGUUGCCAGCCCCCCGGUAGAGGACGAUCAUAGCACUACUCCCGUUCCCGAGUCAAAACCGAUCGCUGUCGCCACCCCGGUCAGUUCUUUCCAGUCAACAAGUACCAGCAGCAGCCUUCCUCCGUCUUCGUCCAGCAGCGUGCCAGCGAAUAUUGGGUCAGGUCUCGGCAGCACAUCGCGUCCCGGCACGAGCACCGAUAGCCAUGUCCUACAUGACACGCUGAACGUAAUCGACGAGCACAUCACGGAUUUGAACUCGCCGCAAGUUAACGCCUCGGCCCGGAAUGGUAACGACUCGGGCAGCGAGUACAGCUCGCACAUGGGUCACAGAAUAUCGUACAUCCAGGGCGAAGAGACGGAUGAAGAGGAGGAGUCGAUUCACACGCGCCAGGAGGUUGAAUCGUGGAACGCAGACCAAGUUGCCGAGUAUCUGUUUACAGCUGGCGUAGAGAAGCACCACUGCGAGGUGUUUAGGGACCAAGAAAUCACGGGCGAAGUGAUUCUAGGGAUGGACCAGACGUCGGUAUUCAUCAAAGCGCUCGACUUGGGAUCCGUCGGGAGAAGGUUGAAGACGUGGCAAAAAAUCAAGCAGUUGCAGGACCAGGUUACCGGGCAGGUCUUGAGCACAGGCAGGAACACACAGAAUUACGGGAGCGAUGCGGGUUCGGAUGUGGGCAGGGUCCGGAGCAGAACAAAUACCAUCACGAGCUCGGGCCCGCGGUUUGCACCUCUCAACGACACGUCUCUUUCGGUCGCGACCAAACACACGUCGCAAACUACCAAGCCCGAACCUUACGAACCCGUGUCGCCCGUUUCUCCUCUCGUAGAGAGCCCGACCCGCGCGUUCCACGACAAACGGCCCUCGGCUGCAUCCGUCCGAGAUUUGCACCACUCCCGCCGCCACUCAUCUACCGAUUUCCGCAUCCAAGGCGCCAAUCUUAAUUCUUCUGUCCCCGCCAAGGCAUCCGUGAGCGGUACAUUCUCGCGACAAGACGCGCCGCAUAAGAAGCAACCCUCUUUCGACCGAAACUGGACUCUAGGAGGUGCCUCGAAUUUCUCGCCUCGUCCCCUGUCAUCUGCAGGGCACCAGGACGGAAUUGGUGGGCGGGCCGCCGAGCUCCAGGAUUCGGCUGUCGAGAUGGACCGUGGUUAUUUUUCGGGCACGGAUGCCGAUGGUCGGCGACGCAACGUUUUGAAAAAGCGCGAGAGCACCCAAACCUCGCCAAAGGCGAGUUACGCGGACGAGCAGCGGGUGCGCAGCGCUACGGCACUCUCGAGGCAUUCUCGACUCGGAAGCGAGUCGUCGCUCUCACCCGCGGCUCAAAAGUAUUACGGUGUGUCGAAACGCACGCCGUCCUUAGCUACCACGGACUCGCUGCGUCACAUGACGGGUUCUAAGGAGUCGAUGCACCCUACCGUCACCAGGCUGGACAGUAAUUCGUCAGACCAGUCCCGGUCUUCGCCCAAGUCGGCCAUCAAGCGGCUGAGCCAAGUCAACCAUCCCGACUUUAACGUGAGCAUGAUGUUACGGAGUGGGCUCGGCGGAUUGCGGGCAGCCUCGGAUGCCAUUACGGGUAGCGAACGAGCGAAGCUCUCACCGGUUGAGUCGCCUCUUAAGGAGUCGCCCAUGUACUCGCCAGCCCGUACCGGGUCUAGCACACCCUCUGGUGGUCAGAGCUUUGAUCUGGAGUCGCCCGACACCAAGAGCCCGAGCACGGCAACAACGGCACCCAGCCGGACCAGCCGCAAGAAGAAGCAGGAGACCAGCGCAUACACGCGUGGCCUUCAGAAGAUCAGCCCUCGGGAAGCCAUGAAGGAUGCCGACUACACUGGCUGGAUGAAGAAGAGAAGCGCCAAUCUCAUGACGACUUGGAAACCUCGCCUCUUCGUUCUCAAGGGUAGGCGCCUAGCCUACUACUACUCGGAAGAUGACGAUCAGGAACGGGGCUUGAUCGACAUCUCAUUCCACCGAGUGCUUCCGGCCGACAACGAGCGACUCACCGGGCUUCUCGCGACGCUCACGGGCGCCUCGAGCACGCCCGCGAUGCCCGCCGGAAGCCAUAUGACGACCCUCGCAGCAGCCGACGCCGACCGCGAUCCUAUCCAAGAGUCCGACUCCAUCUUCAUCUUCAAACUCGUCCCCCCUCGCGCCGGUCUCUCUCGCGCAGUCAACUUUACGAAACCCACGGUCCACUACUUCGCGGUACCGAACAUUAAACAAGGCCGGCUGUGGAUGGCGGCUCUGAUGAAGGCCACGAUCGACCGCGACGACACGCAGCCCAUCACGACUACGUACCAACAGAACACCAUUUCACUAGCAAAGGCCCGGCAGAUGCGCCACCGGCCCCCGGCGCUGAUGAACCUCGAGGAGGGCGCUGAUGAGAACAACGAGAGCACAGCCGCCACCGGUCCCGACAGCAACGGUCUCGGCAUUUACAGCGAGCUUGACAGCGCGGUCGCCGGGCUCGAGAAGUUUGGGCUGCAACACCCCGAGAGCGCCGGGGCAAGAGGAUUCGGACUCGGGACGGAGAAGGACACGUCGCUGCUGCCGCAGAGCGCCUAGGUGGGCGCUUGGUUGAACGGCUAAGCCGGGUCGGCCGAGGUGCUCGUGCACCGACGAAGGCCGCCCCUAUUUCCUUUCGCGUUGGCGCAUGCUUUGCCUGAAAUACCCCCUCGACCACACGGUGGCCGACGUUGCUUUCCUUUGUUCUUCAUCCCCCCAGUACCCCAUAUAUAAUGUGCGAUGUAUCUCAGAAGCACGAACGGGAUCGGGUGGUGCGGUUAGCCCUCUCCUGAUACCUUGCGGUUCCUUCGAUGGGUAGCUAAUUCAUCACUUGGCCUGCUCCAGCCAGAUGCAUCUUAUCCCGCUUUUCUGUUUCUUUUCUGCUGUGUAUUUUGUGAUGUGUAUGUACUAUGAUAUUAUACGGUGAAGAGUUGGGGGAGGUGGUGUAUGAGUUGAGCCCAGUCAUAGCGUUCCAGCGAUUGAAUUGUUUCGGAAGUGAAAUCAAUAUGGAAUUCAGAGCGAGC